AUGUUGGACGAGAUUACAACGACCACUGUUCCAGGAAAAACCUCAACACAUCGAAAGAUCAACAAACUUAUGAUGGAAAAGCGUCGAAGGACGCGCAUUAAUAAUUGCCUUGUGGAACUGAAGACUUUGGUACUGAAAGCGUUGAAGAAGGACAUCUAUCUAUCUAUCUAUCUAUCUAUCUAUCUAUCUAUCUAUCUAUCUAUCUAUCUAUCUAUCUAUCGCAGUCUCUUCAUAUCUAUCUAUCUAUCUAUCGCAGUCUCUUCAUAUCUAUCUAUCUAUCUAUCGCAGUCUCUUCAUAUCUAUCUAUCUAUCUAUCGCAGUCUCUUCAUAUCUAUCUAUCUAUCUAUCGCAGUCUCUUCAUAUCUAUCUAUCUAUCUGUAUGUCUGUGUGUCACAGUCUGUUAAUAUAUAUCUCAAUCUGUUCCUAUCUACCUAUAUAUCUAGGUACAUCCAUCAAAUCAUAGACGAAGGUGAACAAUUCUCCAAGCUUGAAAAAGUAGACAUUUUGGAAAUGACAGUAAAAUACCUACGCUUCCUUCACCAACAAUCUCAGGUAAACAUCACGACCGAUUCCCUGGGAGGCAAAUAUCGUGUUCCUCUGGACGUCUCGGCUGAAGUAAUGCAUUACAUGAACAGCGAAGAGGCACGUAAUCGCCUCACUGAUCAUAUGAGCAAAUGUGUCCGGGUGCCAAGCGCUACCUCCCCAGCCCUGGCGACGACUACGACGAGUCAGCCAACACCAAUGCCUGCCCACCAACAACCACAGCAGCACCAUCAAAUCCCCAUUCCUCAAGCCACAGACCCGAUUCGUCACGGUCAUCCACUGGGUAGUGUUUUCGUAAAAAAUACAGGUCACCUAAUGCUCCCAAUCUCUUCAAAACAUUCGAAAACUAGUCUAAUGAUGGCUGGCGAAACGUCAUAUAAAUCGCUAACUGUCCCUUAUGUUACUGCUGCUUCCGCCAGUCCGACACCAUCGACCAGUGGUACUCAGUCGACGCAUGUUGCUAACACCCCCAUUCCGUCAGUAUCAAAUAUCAGCCCGGCUAACUCUCCCACCGUUGUCCAAAUGAAAACCCUUUGUCUUUCUUUCUUAGUUUCUAUCUUUUUUCUUUUUUCUUUCUUUUUUCUUUCUUUCUUCUUUCUUUCUUCUUUCUUUUUUCUUUCUUUCUUCUUUCUUUCUUUUUUCAUUCUUUCUUCUUUCUUUUCUUCUUUCAUUUUUCUUUCUUUCUUUCUUUCUUUCUUUGUCGGUUUCUUUUUCUCAUUCUCUCUCGUUACUUCCUUUCCUCUUUUACUUUUUAUUUUCUUUGUUUCUUUCUUUUCACACGCACGCGCGUGCAGACAUAAACAUAAACUCUCAUUCUCUCUCCCUCUCUCUCACUCUCACUCUCUCUCUCUCUCUCUCUCUCCCUCUCUCUCCCUCUCUCUCUCUCCCUCUCUCUCAGUCUCCCUCUCUCUCUCACUCUCUCUCUCACUCUCUCUCUCUCACUCUCUCUCUCCCUCUCCCUCUCUCUCAGUCUCCCUCUCUCUCUCACUCUCUCUCUCUCACUUUCUCUCUCUCUCUCCCUCUCUCUCUCCCUCUCUCUCUCUCACUCUCCCUCUCUCUCUCCCUCUCUCUUUCUCUCUCUCUUAUUCUCUUCCUAAUUUCUUUAUUUUGUAA